CUAUCCCUUUCUGUUUUCAGGGAUAUCUGUUUGGACAAAAGAUGGAGAAAGCAGAGGUACAGGACAAAGGAGGAGAUUCAGUUCUGCCUCCUCCACCUCCAUGUAUACCUCCUAAUGUCAAGCCUGAGAAAAUGGAAAUUGCAAAGCGUUCAGCUAUCAUUAGACCUGGUUUUGGAAGUAAUGGACGCCGUAUACAAUUGCUUACAAACCAUUUCAAAGUUAACAUGAAUGCUCCAGACGGAGUUUUCUUUCAGUAUAGUGUCUCUAUCACCUAUGAAGAUAAACGACCUGUUGAAGGCAAGGGGAUUGGUAGAAAGGUUAUUGAUAAACUCUACCAAACAUAUUGUUCAGAACUUGCAGGGAAGAACUUUGUUUAUGAUGGAGAGAAAAGCCUGUAUACAGUGGGUCCUCUUCCCCAAAACAAUUUUGAGUUUACAGUUGUGCUUGAGGAUUCUUCUCUUAGGCGUAAUGGCAGCCCUGGUUUGAAUGGCAGCCCCAGUGAGGCUGACCGUAAACGAUCAAAGCGUUCAUAUCAGUCAAAGACCUUUAAUGUAGAGAUAAACUUUGCUACAAAAAUUCCCUUGAAGUCAAUUGCUUCCGCUAUCAAAGGAAAUGAAGUGGGUAGCACUCAAGAUGCACUGAGGGUGCUAGAUAUUAUUCUUAGACAACAAGCGGCUAACAGUGGAUGCCUUCUAGUUAGACAAUCCUUUUUCCAUGACGAUGUGAGGAACUUAACAAGUGUAGGCGGGGGAGUAAGUGGUUGCCGAGGGUUCCACUCGAGUUUCCGUACCACACAGAGUGGUUUGUCCUUGAAUAUGGAUGUUUCUACAACAAUGAUAUUGACUCCUGGUCCUGUUAUUGAUUUUUUAACUGCCAACCAGAAUGUAAGGGAUAACCGCCAGAUUGACUGGGCAAAGGCCAAAAAAAUGCUGAAAAAUAUAAGGAUCAAGACUAGGCACAGCAAUAUGGAAUUCAAAAUUACAGGAUUGAGUGAGAAGCCCUGCAACCAGCAAUUUUUCACACUGAAAGUGAAAAAUGGAGAUGGUGCUAAUGGUGAGGACCAAACGAUGGAGGUUACUGUUUAUGAUUAUUUUACCCAACACCGUAAAAUGGAGCUAACGUACUCUGCAUACAUGCCCUGCCUUGAUGUUGGUAAAUCAAAGCGGCACAAUUACCUUCCACUGGAGCUCUGUUCACUUGUGUCACUGCAAAGAUAUACAAAGGCACUAUCUAGCAUGCAGAGAUCCAGCUUAGUCGAAAGAUCAAGGCAAAAGCCUCAGGAACGCAUACAAGUUGUGACUGAUGCUGUGAAAAAUUACCGGUAUGAUGAAGAUCCAGUGCUUGCUAGUUGUGGAAUUUUCAUUGAAAAAAAGCUUACUGCAGUUGAUGGUCGUGUUCUUGAUGCACCGACGUUGAAGGUUGGUAAUAAUGAAGAUUGUGUCCCUCGAAAUGGACGAUGGAACUUUAAUCACAAGAGACUAUUGAACCCCACUCGAAUUGAUCGAUGGGUAGUUGUCAACUUCUCCGCCCGUUGUGAUAUGAGCCAUCUCUCUCGGGAACUUAUCAACUGUGGAAGAAAUAAAGGGAUUCAUAUUGAGCGCCCAUAUACAUUAAUUGAAGAAGAUCCCCAGUGGAGGAGAGCUGGCCCUGUUGCAAGGGUUGAAAAGAUGUUCGAACAGAUUAGGGCUAAGCUUCCUGGGCCUCCUCAAUUUCUUCUAUGUGUACUUCCGGAGCGGAAAAAUUCUGAUAUUUAUGGCCCUUGGAAGAGGAAAAACCUACAUGAAAUGGGUAUUGUCACACAAUGCAUCUCCCCCACAAAGAUCAAUGAUCAGUACCUGACAAAUGUUCUUCUGAAAAUAAAUUCCAAGCUUGGAGGUACAAAUUCAUUAUUGGCAAUUGAGCAUUCUCCAUGCAUUCCCUUUAUAAAGGACACUCCUACAAUGAUCUUGGGAAUGGAUGUUUCCCAUGGUUCUCCUGGUCGUUCUGAUGUCCCAUCCAUUGCUGCGGUCGUUGGUUCCAGAUCAUGGCCAUUGAUAUCAAGGUACAGGGCAGCAGUAAGAACUCAGUCUCCAAAGGUGGAGAUGAUUGACUCUCUAUACAAACCACUAGCGAAUGGAGAUGAUGAUGGCAUUAUGAGGGAGUUACUGACGGACUUCUAUCAGUCGAGCCAAUCACGCAAGCCGGAGCAAAUCAUUAUUUUUAGGGAUGGGGUCAGUGAAUCCCAAUUUAACCAAGUUUUGAACAUUGAGCUGGAGCAAGUCAUAAAGGCAUUUCAACAUUUAGGUGAGACUUGGCUUCCCAAAUUCACUGUGAUUGUGGCUCAGAAAAACCAUCACACAAAGAUCUUCCAAGCUGGUGCCCCUGAAAAUGUGCCACCCGGGACAGUUGUGGAUACAAAAGUUGUACAUCCGAGGAACUAUGACUUUUACAUGUGUGCUCAAGCUGGAAUGAUAGGAACAUCACGUCCAGCACACUACCAUGUCCUGCUUGAUGAGAUUGGUUUCACUGCCGACGAUCUGCAAAGCCUUGUUCAUUCACUCUCCUAUGUGUACCAGAGGAGCACAACUGCUAUUUCAGUUGUGGCUCCAGUCUGCUAUGCUCAUCUUGCUGCUCAACAGAUGGGCCAGUUUAUUAAGUUUGAGGAUUUCUCAGAUACUUCCUCAGGACAUGGCGGAGUCACAUCAGCAGGGAGUAUCUCUGUUCCUGAGCUCCCUAGGUUGCACAAAGGCGUCCAAAGUUCUAUGUUCUUUUGUUGAAGUAACGAGUAGCCGGAGCUUGUUAUUGUCGAGAUAGUAAUACUUAGAGGUGUAGAUACUUAGACAGUAUAGGAGAAUGGUUGACCCCUUUGUUUUAUUUUUAUUUUUUGGCUUCUAAAAUUUUGGGUGGGGUCAAAUG